AUGCCCCAUCCAAUUAUUCAUAAAACACUGGAGGCCAAAUUAGCAGCUGCACGUGAAGAGCAUAGUUGCUAUUAUGCUAGAAACAGAGACAGGAUUUUAAAGAACUGGAGAGAGCUUUGUAGCUCUAACAGCAAGGAAUCACGGGCAGCUAGAAAGUUCUCAAGAGACAUAUCAAAGGCUGUUGAAAAAGCCUUGUGUUGUGGUGAUAAAGAUGAGUCUGAGUCUGACACAGGCAGUAAGGAAUCCGAUUCCCAGGACUCAGAUGAUGACAAAAAUAGUCUAAAUUUUAAAAUGAAAUUAAACAUAUCCAACAGAUACGACCUUCCGGAAUGCUUAUGCAUCAUCAAAGAAAUCAAGGAUGAAAUGUUGGUGAAGAUCAACAACUCCUGCAACUUUGCCCAUGGCAUCUUAUGUGCCUAUGUCAAGAACACUGUCAGCUGUUUCUUGAGGACUGUUCUUGUGUAUCUAGAGGACAUCCAAUAUCUUGCACUUUAUGGUGGAGCUCCUGAUCUCACACUUGCUCACUCUAUGGGGGAGUUAAUGUACCAGAAAGGCAUCAAGGUUUGA